AUUAUUCCUUUUAGUGGUCCAAUUUACGGUGGCCUGAAAGAUGGGAUGACUGUAUUAGUCAGCGGAAGUGUUUUGAAGUCCUGCACAAGAUUCCAGGUUGACUUUCAGUGUGGCAGAUCCCAAGUGCCCAGAUCAGAUAUCGCUUUCCAUUUCAAUGUCCGUUUUGAUCAGAACUGUAUUGUAUGCAAUUCACACGAAAACGGAGACUGGAAGCAAGAAGAAAGGAAAUACGAUAUGGUUUUCCGCAAAGGGCAUCCAUUUGACAUCCGGUUUCUUGUGAACAUCUCCUCCUAUGUGGUACGAAGACGAUAAGUCCUCUUCGUGGGUUAUAAUCACCAUCUUUUAAAAAAAUAGUCUUGGUUUGGUUAUUGAUUUUUAUCUUGUGGCAAUGGGAAAGCAUUUUUCAAAAUGUGUGAAACACAAAAUGUCUCAAAAUAAUCCUUGCUGAGGGCAAAACUGUUAUCUCAAAUGCAAAAUGGGCCCCACCAAUGCACACAUAAACCGAUAAAGAGUUUGAGCACACUUCCUUUUGAUCUUGUCUUUAUUUUUAUUUAUCGGUUUAGAAACCGUCUCCUUCACGGAGCAAAAUCUCAAGUCUCUUACCCACUUUGGGUGCUCUAUACA